AUGAACUUCAGGGUAGCAUUUGGUUGUGGCACUGAUAACCAGAAUAUCAAUUUUGGUCAAAAUGAUGGACCUAAGAAUCCAAUAGCUGGCAUUUUUGGGUUAGGUAUGGCGCAGCGGUCAAUCCUAAAUCAACUGGCUAAAGAGACCAAUCGGCGCUUCUCUUACUGUCUGCCGUCAUCAACAAUACCAAGGGAAACUCACACAACAUUAAGCUUUGGUAAGGAUGCAAAAAUAUGUGGAAGUAUACAGAAAACAGAGAUUUUGCCAGCACAUAUGCAGGCAUACAGUGUCAAUCUUUUAGGUAUAAGCAUUGCAGAAAAGCGCCUUCAUAUAGAUCCAGAAAUUUUCAAGCUGAAAUAUGGCCCUUUUGGUGGAUUUUUCAUAGACACAGGAGGGGAAAAUAAGACUUUGCCAUCAAUGACAUUCCAUUUUAAAGGAGCAAACCUUGUGCUGGAUUCGAAAGCUGUGUUCGAACGUUUCAAUUCUAAUUUCUGCAUGGCUAUAUUCCCUACUAGUGAUUUAGGAAUCAAUAUCCUAGGAGCAUUUCAGCAGGCAAAUCAUCGGUUCUUGUUUGAUGUACUGAAAUUAUCUCUUUAUGGUAGAAAAAGUAUAGUGUCAUUUGCACCAGAGAUAUGCCAAUAA